AGUACACGACCCAAAUCCCCUCUCGAAAUCUUUAAGCAUCUUCAUUGAUCAUGUAUCGUUUCGCUGUAAAUCUUGCUUCUAAAGCUAGGGUUGCAAACAACGGCACCCAAUUGAUUGGAAGUAGGUUGAGUUGGAGCAGAAACUAUGCAGCUAAAGACAUCAGAUUUGGAGUAGAUGCUAGGGCCUUAAUGCUUAGAGGUGUUGAAGAGCUUGCUGAUGCUGUUAGAGUAACCAUGGGUCCAAAGGGGCGUAACGUGGUGAUUGAACAAAGUUAUGGAGCACCAAAAGUGACAAAAGACGGUGUAACGGUGGCAAAAAGCAUUGAAUUUAAAGACAAAGUCAAGAAUGUCGGUGCAAGCCUUGUCAAACAGGUUGCUAAUGCUACAAACGAUGUGGCUGGUGAUGGUACUACUUGUGCGACAGUCCUCACAGGGGCAAUAUUUUCAGAGGGGUGCAAGUCAGUUGCAGCUGGUAUGAAUGCAAUGGACCUCCGGCGUGGUAUUUCCAUGGCCGUUGAUUCAGUGGUAACAAACUUGAAGAGUAGGGCUCGUAUGAUAAGCACGUCUGAGGAAAUCACGCAGGUCGGUACAAUUUCUGCAAAUGGAGAACGUGAGAUAGGUGAGCUAAUAGCCAAGGCUAUGGAGAAAGUGGGGAAAGAGGGUGUUAUCACAAUUCAAGAUGGGAAGACAUUGUAUAAUGAACUAGAAGUUGUUGAGGGAAUGAAGCUGGACAGGGGCUACAUAUCUCCACAUUUCAUCACAAAUCAAAAGAAUCAGAAAUGUGAACUAGAGGACCCUCUUGUUCUAAUCCAUGAGAAGAAGAUAUCAAACAUUAAUUCUGUGAUCAAAGUGUUAGAGUUGGCACUGAAGAAACAAAGGCCCCUGCUAAUUGUUGCUGAAGAUGUGGAAAGCGACGCGUUAGCGACCUUAAUUCUUAACAAGCUUCGAGCUGGCAUAAAGGUUUGUGCCAUAAAAGCUCCUGGUUUUGGUGAGAACAGAAAGGCAAAUCUGGAAGAUCUCGCCACUCUCACCGGAGGCCAGCUUAUAACGGAAGAACUUGGAAUGAACCUUGACAAUUUGGAGUUGGAAAUGCUUGGAUCUUGUAAAAAGGUCACUGUAUCCAAAGAUGACACAGUUGUGCUUGACGGUGCUGGUGCUAAGAAGUCUAUAGAAGAGCGGUGUGAACAGAUCAGGUCAGCGAUCGAGUCCAGUACAUCUGAUUAUGAUAAAGAGAAAUUUCAAGAAAGAUUAGCAAAACUUUCUGGUGGUGUUGCUGUAUUAAAGAUUGGAGGAGCCAGUGACAGUGAAGUAGGUGAAAAGAAAGAUCGAGUUACCGAUGCUCUAAAUGCCACAAAGGCAGCUGUUGAGGAAGGAAUCGUACCAGGUGGUGGUGUUGCUCUUCUAUAUGCAUCUAAAGAAUUGGAUAAGUUGCCAACAGCCAAUUUCGAUCAGAAAAUAGGUGUUCAGAUCAUCCAGAAUGCGCUAAAGAUGCCUGUUUAUACAAUUGCCUCUAAUGCUGGAGUGGAGGGUUCAGUUGUGGUUGGUAAGCUUUUAGAGCAGGAUGACCCAGAUCUUGGGUAUGAUGCAGCAAGAGGUGAAUAUGUGGAUAUGGUGAAAAAUGGAAUCAUUGACCCAUUGAAAGUGAUAAGAACAGCCUUGGUUGAUGCAGCAAGUGUGUCGUCUUUGAUGACAACCACUGAAGCUAUCGUGGUUGAAUUCCCCAAGCCUGCUGGUGAAGCAGCUCCAGGAAUGGGCGGUGCAAUGGGUGGCAUGGACUAUUGACCACCCUUGUGAUACUGCAAAUGAUUGACACACAUUUUACUGACAAAAUAAAUACACAAAGACUCAGCUCAGUAUGUGUAGUGAGAAAAGAAGGCGGAAGUGUGAUUAGCAUGUAAACUUUUGUUAGGGCACAUUUUUGAACAAUUAUUAAUCUUUUUUUAAUACCAUUUGGAUGUGUGCUAAUGGCUGCU